AUGUUUUUUGAUCUCCCGAACUUUGUUGUUGCAAUUGAUGGAUCCCAUAUCAGAAUAGCUGCUCCUCCAUACACUGCGGUGGACUAUUUCACUUGCUACCAACAACACAACUUCAUUGUUCAAGCUAUUGUCGAUGGCAAGAAACACUUCCUUGACUUUGCAUCUGGCUCUCCAGGCAGUAUGUGUGAUGCGAGAGUUCUACGAAAUAGUACAAUAUUUGAUCUUGCAGAGCACAAUCAGAUUCUGAUGGGUCCUUCUGUGCAAAUUGGGGGUAAUGAUAUCAAACUCAAUCUAAUUGGAGACAGUGCAUACCCACUUGCCUCUUGGCUUCAAAAGCCAUUUCCUGAAGCAAUGAGAGAUCCAGAGGAAAUAGCUUUCGAUAAAGCUUUGUCCGGUGCCAGGGUUGCAGUAGAGUGCACUUUUGGGAUGCUAAAAAAUUGCUGGCGUAUACUGGGGAAAUGGCUGGAAAGUAAGAUUUCAUUUGCCAACAAAAUCACUGUUACUUGUGCAGUCCUUCACAACUUUUGUCUGCUGAAUCAAGAUGAAUGGAAUGAUGAAAUCAUGACCCUCGAGAUCAAGGACAUGAAAGCAACAAGGAUGUUACAAGGGAUGGGGAUGACGUUUGAAGUGUGUUAA